AUGCAUCAAUCUAUUGCAUAUGCCAUCGCAAAGGUAUAUCCUGAAAGUCACCCUGGGAUUUGUAUCUACCAUUUGGAGCAGAACCUAAAGCGAAGGAAAGUGAAAAGUGAGGUCAUAAAACCUUUUCAAACUGCUGCAAGAGUAUACAUGCGCAAAAAAUUUGAUCUUUACAUGUUAGAUAUAGCAAAAGUAGAUAAGAAGACUUAUGACUACUUAAUAGAAGAACUACCGGAAAGGUGGGCACGUUCUUGUAGUUCACGACGAAGAUAUGACAUGCUCACAACAAAUAUAGUUAAGUCAAUGAAUUCUGUCCUAUUAGAAGCAAGAGAGCUGCCUAUAUUAAGAAUGAUGGAUUUCAUUCAAGUGAAGCUACAACGUUGGUUUUAUAAAAGAAGAAAUGAAGCAGAAGGAACUUUUUAUGAUGUUUCUUAUUGGGUAGAGGAGGAAUUAAAGAAAAAUAUAGAUUUAGCAUUUACUUUGAAUGUCUUCCCUGUUGAUUCAUGGCGUUCUAGAGUUGAAGAAGAAGGAAUAACUUUCUUGGUGGACUUAAACAAAAGAACAUGUGAUUGUUUUCAAUUUCAAUUUGAUGAAUUACCAUGCAUACAUGCAAUUGCAGCUAUCGAGAAGAGAAACAUCAAGAAGUCCAACUUUUGCUCGCACUGGUACUUAAAGGAAUCUUGGCUGAAAACAUAUGAAAGACAAAUACAUCCUAUAGGACAUACUGAUUCUUGGAUUGUACCAGAGAAUGUUAAGUCACAAAUUGUUAAACCUCCACAUUUCAAAGUGCCACCAGGUAGAAGGUAG